CUGGAGAAUGACUUUGUAACUCCAUUUUGACUGUGUUGAACGAAAUGGACAUUGACAUUGCAAAUUGCAGAGGCCAAUGUAACAACAACACAUCAUAUAUGUCGGGGCAAUACAAAGGACUACAAGCACGAAUCAAGGAACAACAUCCUCUUGUGCAAUGGGUUCCUUGCGCAGCGUAUACUUAAAAUUUAGUUGGGGUUACCAGCGUGAACUGAGACAGAUUCCUUUUUUUUCUUAUAUGCAGUCACUUUUUAACUUUUGCUCAGUCAACAUUUUGUUGGCAGAUUGUCACUGCAGGAUUGCAGGCAAAUGACAACGCACAAAUCGAAACAUUAAAAAUAUUGUCUGAUACACGGUGGUGUGUACACGCACAAGCGUCAAAAUCCCUUUAUGGAAAUGAUGGAAAUAUACAGGACUCACUCAAGAAAAUCGCUGAUGACACGGAUCGGAAUGUGGGCACACGCAACGAAGCCAUAGCGUUGCAGAACAAAAUGGACGAGCUAGAAACAGCAUUUGUCUGCAAUCUAUCGAGCACAAUCUUGCAAAGAUUUUAGUCUGUAAGCACUACACUCCAGGCCGUUGAUCUGGAUUUGUCUAACGCUGUGGAGUUGGUGGGCUCCCUAAAAGUGUUUGUAGCUGCUCUGCGUGCAGAGUGUGAUCGUUUUCAGCAAAACAAAUGACACCCAGAAUUCAGCAACAAUACAAGUCAGAGAAACACAGAGAGAUUAACGCAAAAAACGACCAGACGAAGCCGAUUGUGCAUUAUCAGGCUGACGCAAAUUCUCUGUUGAAGUAUUUAACGUGAUAAUAGACAAACUUAUUGCGGAGCUUCAGCGCAGGUAUGAGGUGUAAAAUGAGGUGGACUACUUUGGAUUUUUUAAAGCCAGCUUCACCAAAUCUCCAUACCAGAACUUUGUGGUGCAGCUGUUAAGAGUAAAUACAGCACUGAUUUAAAUGACGAUUUUGCUGAUGAGCUGGUGCAAUUCAACGAGUUCACAAAGCAGGAGUAAAACACAUUAUCAGCAGCGUCAUUACUAAAACUUAUAAGAUGACGCAGUCUGCAUCCUGUUUUUCCAAAUGUUGAGAUCGCUUUGCGGAUUUUAUUAACACUGCCAGUCACCAAUGCUGGAGGGGAACGCUCAUUUUCUAAAUUGCCUCGAAUCAAGAACAGAUGGAGGUCAACCAUGGAGCAAACAAGACUUAAAAAUUUGACUCUAAUGUCAAUGGAGUGUGACUUGCUGUGACAGCUGGAUUUCAGUGACAUUAUCGAUGACUUCGCUGCCCAGAAAACCAGGAAGAGACCAAUCUAGCUGACUAGCUAACAUGGUUUCUGUAUAAUGGAUCUGGGGAGUGGAGUGAUGGGACCAUUCCCAUACUCGCCACCACAGCUGCAGGCUUCACUUAUGUGGCCUUCUUAAUGAUGUUAGCACUUUGCCACAUAGCUGUGGGACAGCAACUGAAUCUAUACUGGCUCCACAAGAUUGGAGUGAUGGCAGCCAUGUUGAUGACUAUCACAGGCAUGAUCUCCAUUCAUGAGUUGUGGGGAGGGGAAUGGGACAUCAUUGUGAUCUCUCUGCAGGCCACAGGUCCCUUCCUGCACAUAGGAGCCCUGGCUGCCAUUACGGCUCUGGGCUGGUUAAUGGCUGGUCAGGUCAUCCGCGCCGAGAAAACAAGGUUCCAGGUAGUCCUGCUUCUGUUCUACCUGAGUGUCCUCCUGGCUCUCUACCUAGCCCCCCUCACUAUCACCUCCCCGUGCCUCAUGGACCGGACCAGCCUAAAACAACGGCCUGAUGUCAUUGGCCAUAGGGGAGCACCAAUGCUGGCUCCGGAAAAUACCAUCAUGUCCUUCAGCAAAGCUGUGCAGCAGAAGGUCAGCGGGUUGGAGGCCGACGUGACCAUCAGUCUGGAUGGAGUGCCCUUCCUAAUGCGGGACUAUACACUGAGGAGGACCACGGACGUGGAGAAGGUCUUCCCCGCCAGGCAGUUCAACGAUGCAUCCCUGUUCAACUGGACUGAACUGCGCUCCCUCAACGCAGGACAGUGGUUUUUAAAGGAUGACCCCUACUGGACGGUCCAGUCUAUGUCCCAGAGGGAUCAGAACCGGGCCAGGAACCAGACAGUAUGCAGCCUGCAGGAGCUGCUUCGGGUGGCAAUUCGUUCUAACCGCUCGGUCAUCUUUAACCUGCGCAGACCACCACCCGAACACCCUCGCUAUAACAGCUGGAUCAAUGACACCCUGCAGGCAUUCCACCGAUCCGGAAUACCCCAGGAGCAGGUGAUGUGGACCCCUGACUGGGGGCGGGUUAUGGUGGAGCAGGAGGCACCAGGGUUCCGGCAGAUCUCUGGGGUCAAGCUGUCUGUGGAAGUCAUUCGGGACAGGGGCCUCAUGGGACUGCACCUGCACUACAGCCAGACCAGUGCUGCAGAAAUCCGGGAUCUCCUGGUAAACAACAUGAACCUCAGUCUGUACACUGUGAAUGAGCCAUGGCUCUACUCCCUGCUGUGGUGCAGCGGUGUGCCCGCCGUCUCCUCCGACGCCCCUCAGAUCCUUAAAAAGGUGCCUAACCCCAUAUGGCUCAUGAGUCCACAGGAAUACUGCUUGGUCUGGAUAACUUCGGAUCUUGUGUCCUUCGCUAUUAUAAUAGGAGUAUUUGCAUUCCAAAAGUGGAGGCUGAGCGGCAUUCGCAGCUACAACCCUGAGCAGAUCAUGCUCAGUGCCGCCGCUGUCCGCAGCUCCCACCGUGACGUCAGCCUCAUGAAGGAGAAGCUCAUCUUCUCAGAAAUAAACAAUGGCACCAGCAGCGCAGAGGAGCUGUCACUGUAUGCAGAGAAUGGAUACGACGGCUACACCAAUGAAGGGAUCGCCCACUGACAUUGGAACAGGCGUUGUUUCUCUUGUCUUUUUACCCAUAAAAGAAAGAGAUCUAGCUUUGUCAAAGAGAUUAUUUUUUCUUCAUUUCAGCGAUGUCUUUGUUUUGUUUUGCUGUUUUGUUUUGUUUUCACAACUGUUUUCAAGGAUACAGUCGAAACACCAAUGGGAUUAUAGUUUCUGAACUACUACUGACUGAAGUCCGAUACUGAACUGGUUGUGUACAGUCAUUCAAAAUGGCUCUGAUUUCUCUUGUGUUUUGCAUGACAGAUAACAUUUCUGGCUUUGCUCCACAAGAAUAAUUUCCAACAAUGCUCACAAAGCAUUGAGGGGAAUUUUUUUUUUUAGGGGCCUGUUUCAGAUGGCAGCCAUUUUCUACUCCUGCCUGAAUCUUCUGUGUAUUAAGGCCAGGCAAUACAUAUUUCUCCAAUUCAUUUUCUUCAGCAUCCUCAUUGAGUAAUGAAUCCAGAGGGAGUCUGCUGUAACUUUGAUGCAGCACUUAAGGAAACAGAUUUCCUUCCAGCCUUGUCUUGUUAAAACAGAUCUGACAUGUUUGCAGUAUGAAUCAAACAUCAAAUAAUACACACUGAAUGCUUGUAAUAUUAUAUACUGCAUUAUUACAUUUUAAAAAACAUGCAUAUGGGGAAACUAUAUCAAUGAGUGAAAUCUGCUGUUGGGCUGUUCAUUUAGUUAAGCUAUUGUAGUGCGUGCCCCAGAGAGUCACCAAUGGAAGAUAAAGGAUUCAGUGAGCUGGGAUUACAGCGUUUAACUGCUCACUAGUGGCCCCUGCUGGUCGAUCAAUCACCAGCCAUCUGCUGAACCAUGCAUGAAAUGUCCAUCUACGACUCAUGUCUCUGCAAGCCUGAUGUGUGGACUGCAUUGUGAUGAGAGCUGACAGGGCUGUCUGGGUUCUGCCCACUGAACGGAGCAGGUUUUAACAUUUGGAACUGGGCAUUCCAAAUUGGGAGGAAAUGGGAUAAAUCUUGUUUAAAUGGAACUUAAUAUAUAAUUAAGGAUACAGUGCACCGUGCUUGACUUUCCGGUGACUGUAUGAAAGGGUUUAGAACACUACAAACCUAAACAGUGUUUAUCUCGCUUGGGUAAAGAACUACCAUUCCGUUAACCUGGUGAAAUAUGUGUGCUUUCUAAUAAUGUGUAGUGGUAUGUGAAAUGAAACCAUUGGACCUCCCUUUCUGUGCUAUGCUACAUGGUAUGGUGCUUAUUACUGUACAUUAUGGCCAUAGAAUGUGCAGAGGACAUUGUGUUAUAUCGGAGAUGUAAUUUAAUUGCAAGCAGUAAUGUUGUUAUAGUCUUUUGGUAUUAAUUCUGUGUGCAUCAUCCACAGGGAAAUUCACUGCACUUGAUUAACAUUGAUUUAAAAAAACGUCCAUUACAUAUUUUGUGCUUAUGUCAUAUGUCAUGAAACAUGACAUUAAAUUAGUGCUUUUUAAAAUUGUAGAUGUGAUACAUAUGGACAGUGUUAAUGUGUCCAAUUGUUAAGAUCGCUGUACUGAUUGAAUUAAGGGUAUGUUUUUCAGUAUGGCAUACACAUGGAAAAAACAAUGGAGAAACUGAAUUGCACACAAGUUUAUUGUUAUCUUUGGAUAUUGGUUUGCCCCAAUCAGUCGACUACCUGGUGCUGCCUUAAUUUACCAAUAUCCAGAUAAAAAAAUAUAUAUAUAUAUUUUGUGAGCUAGAAGUAGGAGUUUGAAGUAGAUGUCACAAAAAACAUGCUGCCAUUCAUUAAAUUCAUUUGAAAAGUGUAAAGCAAAUUCAAUUUAAUUAUUUGAACAUUCAGCUAUACAUUAACUUGAUUUACAAAAUAUGCUUGUGAGAAUGGUAUUGUUUUGUUUGUGGAGAUAAUUAUUCAGUGUAAAACUGCCCAUAGAAUGCCUGGCCAUCUUUAAUAAUUCAAUCCAGGUUCUUGUGUAAACUUUUCCAAGAGCAAAUGAGGUAACCAGGAAGGUCACUAUGACGUUCUUUCUCUUUUAAAACCAACUACUUUUCAGGCUGCUACACUGCCCAUAUAAACUACUGUCUCCUCCCACAAGCUUCUUUUCACUGUGUGUUGCUAGAUGGCAGUUUUACCAGUUAGUAUUGCAAUGCCUCCUUUCAUAUUCCGAGUUAAAGGUGUCAAUUAAAUUAAAUUUAACUGCUCCACAUGAGACCCAGGGGAGAGUGCGUUUCCAUAGCAUCUUUAAUCAUGGCUACAGAGAGAACCUUUUAUACAAAGUAGCAUAUCUUUUCUGUUGAAUGUGGUUGUAUGCCUCAUACAACCUUUGUAAUGAAUCACUGAAUCUUCUUAGAACUCUGAAAAUGUGCAAAGAUAUAUAAUACAUAUGUAUACUGUAUUCUGGUUGGGACAGAUUUUAGUGUGUCCAAGAUGUGCUGGAAACAUCUUCAGUGUAUGAACUGAGCAAAUGUUAUUUUACCACUGCUGCUUUUGUCUGUUUCUUGUUUUUUUUUAUUCAUUUUUGUUACAUUGUAUUUUUAAUUCUGUAAAUGAAUAUUCUUAUUGAAUUAUCAGCUUCAGAUCCUUGGCAAGACCAGUCAACCAAUUGCAAGCUGUCACUAAAGAGAGAUGUCCUUGGCUGCCUUUUGAACAUUCAUAAAUUCAAAAUUCACUGAAGUGGGGCUGAUUUCUAUGUUCUAAUUUCAUUUAGAUACAUUGCAAUGCUAAUUUAUUUUACUCCCUCUAUCCCCACCCCAAAUAAAAAAUAAAAAAAACCA